UCUAGAAUCAUUGUUUGUUAAACAAUUCGGUGCAAUGGAAUUGGUUGGAACUUACCGAGGAUGUCUCCCAGAUAUGCAUACCGCCACCGUCUGUGCCCAGCGCCAGCAGCCUCUUUCCCCGCGGGGCAUUUUAUUGCCGAUCUGACUAAACAAUAUCAAGUAAGCUCCGUUCAUCUCGAGUAAACAAACUCGAGGGCGUCAUAUCAAUGUGACAUACUCAAUUUAAAGUAUUAUAUAAGUUCAUUUAAAUAAAUCGCCGUUACCUCAAGCUGUAGCCAAUCCCAUUCAAUCGGGGUUUGGAUAUACUAUUGGAGGCGCUUGAUCUCAUGCGAAGUUCCAGGCUGACCUACGAUCAUGAGCCACCCACAAGAUGAAAUUCAUCGGCGUUCGCUGGAGGAUCCAGAUGCAUUCUGGGCUCGCCAUUCCGAUAAUUUGCAUUGGCACAAGAAACCCGAAUCUAUUCUGACUAAGACGACAAAGAAGCUGAAGAACGGAAUCGAGCACCCACAUUGGGAGUGGUUCAUAGGCGGCGAGAUAUCGACUUGUUUCAACUGUGUUGACCGGCACGUCCUCGCCGGCAAUGGGGAUCGGCCUGCUAUCUUCUACGAUAGCCCGGUCACUAAAACGAAGAGGACCAUAACCUAUGCGCAAUUAUUGGAAGAAGUUGAGAUUACGGCUGGUGCUCUAAGGGAGGAGGGUGUCAAGAAAGGAGAUGUUGUCUUGGUCUAUAUGCCAAUGAUACCAGCUGCCCUCAUAGGAAUUCUUGCAAUCAACCGAUUAGGCGCGGUCCACGCUGUUGUGUUUGGUGGGUUUGCCGCAACCUCCCUAGCCCAACGCAUCGAGGCGUGUCAACCCGUAGCUAUCCUGACGGCCUCGUGUGGCAUUGAUGGGGCUAAACCCCCAAUGAGUUAUAAACCUUUCAUAACAGAAGCUAUUCAACUUUCUAGUCAUAAGCCAAGCCGCGUCAUUAUCUGGCAACGAGAUGAAUUACGAUGGGACGUGCUAAACAAAACAUCCAGUGAACGCAAUUGGUUCAAGAUGGUGCGUAGCUGUAAAGCAAGGGGUAUUAAGGCCGAUUGCGUUCCCGUGAAUGCCACUGAUGAGAUCUACAUCAUCUACACCAGCGGGACAACGAGUUCCCCUAAAGGUGUUGUCCGGCAGACAGGUGGCCAUGCAGUAGGGUUGCAUCUUUCAAUAAGCUAUCUCUUUGGUGUACACGGUCGCGAUGAGGUUAUGUUUACGGCGAGUGAUAUAGGUUGGGUGGUUGGACACUCCUAUAUCCUCUAUGGACCUCUUCUUAUCGGCGCAGCGACGGUUCUUUUUGAAGGGAAACCUAUUGGAACGCCGGAUAGUUCGACGUUCUGGCGAAUCAUACAGGACUACAAAGUAACGAGCUUAUUUACUGCGCCCACUGCUUUACGGGCCAUUAAGAGAGACGAUCCUGAAAAUAAGGCAUUCAAACAAAUAGGUGCACAGGGCGGAUUAAGAAGUCUUAGGGCUAUUUUCUUGGCUGGGGAGAGGUCGGAACCCUCAAUUAUUACAAUGUACCAAGAACUCAUACAGCGUUAUGGCGCGGACGAUGCCACCGUGGUAGAUAAUUGGUGGUCCUCAGAAUCUGGAUCGCCUAUAUCAGGUAUCAGUAUAGCUCCCCGGGCGGUAGAUACCAGGGAUGGGAAGAGUCAAAGCCACAAGCCAUUGCCGAUCAAGCCAGGAAGUGCCGGCAAGGCGAUGCCAGGCUUCAAUGUGGUGGUGGUGGACGAUGAUGGUAAAGAGGUGAGGAGAGGAAAGAUGGGCAAUAUUGUUUUGGCGAUACCGCUUGCGCCGACUGGAUUUACAACGUUAUGGAAAGAUGAAGAGAGGUUUUAUAGUGGCUACCUCAAGAGGUUUGGUGGGCGAUGGAUAGAUACCGGCGAUUCCGGGAUGAUAGAUCCUCACGGGUAUAUCAGUAUAAUGAGCCGGAGCGAUGAUUUGAUAAACACGGCCGGUCAUCGUCUUUCUACUAGUCCUAUUGAACAGGCAAUAACCAGCCACCCCCUGGUUGCCGAAGCCUGCGUUGUUGGCGUCCCCGACUCUCUGAAAGGUCAACUCCCCUUUGCUUUCAUAACGCUAUCGACACCUGAGCACCCCACUUCUGCUGUGCCAGAUGAGAUGUUAUCCAAAGAGAUCCAAAGUCGGGUCCGAAAGCAGAUUGGGGGUAUUGCCACGCUCGGUGGUAUAAUACAAGGUAGGGGAAUGAUUCCGAAAACGCGAUCGGGUAAGACGCUACGGAGAGUCUUAAAGGAACUUGUCGAGAACGCUGUUCACGGGGAGCUCGAUAAUGAAGUCAAAUACCCGGCAACCAUUGAAGACGCAUCGGUGGUUGAGGUCGCAAGAUCGAGAGUCGCAGAAUAUUUUAAGCACAAAGGAGAAGCCCAUAAGGCUAUCGAGGCUAGAGCAAAGCUAUAGAUCCUUUUUGUCGGCCAAGACGCGAAUGCGACGAUGGUAACCUGCAAAGCGCUAUUUUUGUACCUGCUGAUCACGAGUUGAAA